UUUCACUUCUUAUAGACACGUGCAUUCUGGUUCCCUCUCUCCCUCCCUCGCUCACAUGUUCACUUAUUCUCUACCUCACAGACAACCCCGCCUCCAUGCCGCUUCUACUAUAAAGAUUCCUACUAUAAAGGUUUUUGUCAUUAUACCAAUAUAUAUAUAUAUAUAUUCAUAUAUAUAUAUAUAUACAUAUACAUAUAUAUAUGCAUAUGAAUUUGUCUUCCCUAUACAGUUGAAGCAUUUUGUUUAUUACUGGGAGUACUGAAUGCGUGGGUACUGCAUGAAAAACAAGAGUUUCGUCAUCAUUUGAACCAUUCAUAUCAUGGAAGGACUGAAAUAUAUUUUCAUAAUUUUUCUGUUAAAAAUUUACGUCCAUGCAGAAGACCCGAUUAUUCAAACUAAUAAAGGUAAGAUUAAAGGAUCAACAGUUUUAAUUCAAGGUGUUGAAGUUGAUGUCUUUCUUGGAAUACCAUUUGCUCGACCUCCCGUUGGUAAUCUAAGAUUUAGACAUCCUCAACCAGCUAGACCAUGGUCUGGUGUGAAAGAAACAAAGAAAUAUGUUUCGUCGUGUGUACAAGUUAAAGACACUACAUUCGGGGACUUUGAAGGUGCAGAAAUGUGGAAUCCAAAUACUGUUAUGAGCGAAGAUUGUCUUUAUUUGAACAUUUGGGCGCCAUCAGAAGCAAGAAAGUCUCGUUCACAGUUAGCUACCAUGAUUUGGAUAUUUGGAGGUGCAUUUAUGUCUGGAUCAAGCACGCUGGAUAUAUAUGAUGGACGAUGGUUAGCUGCUAGUGAAAAUGUCAUCGUUGCAUCACUAAAUUAUAGAUUAGGACCAUUUGGUUUCCUUUCCUUGAAUAACGUACGUGCUCCCGGUAACAUGGGAUUAUUAGAUCAAACCCUUGCUAUACAAUGGAUUCGUGAUAACAUUUUAUCGUUCGGUGGCGAUCCUAAAAAACUGACACUAUUUGGAGAAAGUGCUGGUUCUGGAUCAGUUAGUCUGCACGUCGUUUCCCCACUUUCUCAGAGGCUUUUCAGGAAUGCUAUUAUGAUGAGUGGUUCGGCAACAGCAACGUGGGCAACUGUGCCUGUAGAGAAAAACAUUGAAAGAGCGAAAGCGAUGGCUGAUUUCCUUAAGUGUCCAACCGAGAAUACUACAUCGAUGAUAGAUUGCUUUCUAGAAGCUGAUGCUCAUAAACUUGCAAACGCGCAGUUUCAUAAUUUAGAUAGUUUCCUACCUUAUACUUUAAGCCCUAUUGUUGACGGCGCUUUCUUGACACAGAAACCAAUAGAAUCUCUGAAAAAUGAACCACAGAAAAAGGAUGUGUUACUUGGCUAUGUCACAAACGAAGGAACCUAUUUUCUUAUCUAUGAUCUACCGAAAUAUUUCCCCUUGAAAGGAACUGUUCCGAUAAACAAAUCUACCGCAGGCAAAUUGAUUAAUAAGGUAAUCGCACCGUUACGCGCAAAUUCUGUGCAGUUGGAUUUAAUAUCUUAUCUUUAUGGUUCUCAUGUCUACGGCUCUUCUGAAACUGAAAAAUACAGAUACAUAUUGGACCAAGCAUCAGGAGAUGUCAAAUUUAAAUGUCCUGUUAUCGAAUUUGCCCAGGAAUACAGCAAACAUGCCAAAGUUUAUAUGUAUUCUUUCGAAUUUCGAUCGAGAUUAAAUCCUUGGCCGGAAUGGGCUGGUGUGAUGCAUGGGUAUGAGAUUGAAUUCCUAUUUGCUCAAACGUUAUCUGGAAAAAAUUAUUCAAAAGAAGGAAAUUUAGUAACAAAAAGGACGACAAGUCUUUUUGCAAACUUUUCUAAGUCGGGUAAUCCCAAUAAUGGAGAAUGUUCUGAUUGCUCAAAUGAACCAUGGCCAGAAUUCACACCCCGAAACCAAAAAUAUCUUGUGAUUGACGACAAACCAACACUUGAGACUAGGGAGAAUUACAUGAACAAUAUAUGCGGCUUUUGGUCAGAUUUCUUCCCCGGCCUAACGGAUCAUAAAUGUCCAGAAAUGACAAGCGGCUCACAGACUUUCCAUUGGAGAACUCUGACCUCUUUCGCGUCCAUUUUCUGCUCUUUGAUGCUGUCUUUUAAUAUUUUAUUUUGAUUCUACCUCACUUAUUUACAUCAUUCACUUUUGUUUUAUAUUCAUUUUAUGUAUUUUUCCUUUUUAAUAUGGCAAGCGCAUCUAAUUAACAAAAUCCUUGUUUUAUUUUCAAUAUCGUUUUAAUCAAUCGGCUGCAAAACUAUGUACAUACAAAUAUGAAUACAUACUUAAUAUGAAUAUUUAUAUGUAUUUAUGUAAAAGCAUGUUUUGUACAUUAACAACAUUAGGGUGUGUGUCUUUAUGUAUGCAUAUCACUUUGAAAUCAUUGUUUGUGAUAGAGCCGUGAUGAAAUUGCAACGACUAGAAUGCAUAAUUGCAUACAAAGCAAUGUGCGGUUGCUGCAGUCGAAACAUAUGUAGGUCAGAUGAAUAUGCUGUAAAAAAGCUCUGAAAUAAAGAACUUUUUGGAUGUGAAUAAAAUCUCCACCCUCCUCUUCGUUAUCAAUGUUAUUAAGCACUCUACAGAAUAUUUGUAGUUCUGAAUAGGAACACGGAAUUACCAACGAGUAAAGUUACCAGUACUUAGUAUAUAUCUCUCUCUCUCUCACUCUCUCUCUCUCUCUCUCACUAUAUACAUAUAUGUAUGUAUGCAUGCACAUGCAUACAUACGUGCAGCCAACCAUCAAGAAAAAUAGAUAGAUUACAUGC